CUUCCUCACAUUUCAAACGUCAGAUUUGCAGAUUCUUUAUUUCCUCUUUACCUUCUCCAUUUCUUCAUUAGGGUUUCGCAUCAAAUCAGAGAGAGAGGGUGAGAGAGAUGGGUCAGAUCCAAUACUCUGAGAAAUACUUCGAUGACACUUUCGAGUACAGGCACGUCGUUCUUCCUCCUGAGUUCGCUAAGCUUCUUCCUAAGAAUCGUCUUCUCUCCGAAAACGAGUGGCGUGCAAUAGGAGUGCAGCAAAGCCGUGGAUGGGUGCAUUACGCGAUUCAUAGGCCUGAGCCGCAUAUAAUGCUUUUCAGGAGGCCACUUAACUACCACCAGCAGCAGCAGGAGAUUCAAGCUCAAAACGUGCUUGUUAAGUGAAUCCGUUGUCACCUGCCUUCGUUUACAGUAAGGAGAUUAUGCAAUGUAUUCUACCUACAGAUUCUCGGUUUAUGUUUCUUGUAAACAUGGUUUGAACCUAUUGUGAUCCUGCUGGAUUUUAUAUAUGGUUGCGAAAUAUGUGUGUUGAUGGAACAAGUCCUAUGUUGUUAUCUCUAUGUAUGUCAUCUUCUGCUUCUGCUCUUUUCAUUUA